CUUCAAGUGGUUCAUCUUCGACUACAAAUAGUAGUGGGAGUGGACCACCGGAUGAUGCAACUGUGGCGCAUGUUUUGAACACAUUUACACGAGAGGAGAACUUCAACACCGCGUUGGGAUCUACGCUCGUGCAGAGUGUAAACUCUUUUGCCGACGAGGUCGAGGCACUUCAGGCCUCAUUUGUCGACUCCUCAGUCGGUUCUGCUUCUGACAUGACAUAUUAAAAGCUAUAAGAAGACGAAACUUUAACUUUUCUUCGGUUGUUGUAAAUUGAUAGAUUCUUGUAAGCUGCACCAUCCUUUGUUUGUUCUAAAAAACACCAACUGCUGUUGAAGAUCAAGAUAUUAAUUUCAACUGAUUUCUAUUUCUAAGAAAAAUCCACACACUUUUUCUCUAGCCUCUGCCAUUCGGUUUGUCAUGCGAUUACUUGUUGUAGGCGGCAUCUAUUGGGCGCCGCGGUCCGCGGCGCCCAAUAGAUGCCGGAAUAUUACUACACCUACUGUUUUGCACAUACUACAACUUGCGCAAUCCCCAUGCAUUUAUUGCGCCUGUCAUCAGCACAGAUUCUGAUUUCGAUCAUCCUAAUACAUCUACGACGUACAUGUACGAUUACAAUGACACGGCUUUGGUCGGUCUUUGAGUUAUAGCGAUGUGCAGACUGACGGUAUACCGAUACAGAUACGCGCGAUGAACACUGCAUCUGUAUUGAGUCUCUCAUUUUUGUUGUUUGAUAAAGCCAAGAAUAGGGAGCAUUUUGCGAAAAGGAUGCAUAUACUUUGUAGAAAGAUUAAGAUUAGAAGUAAUAAAUUAUAAGAGUAAUGCGUGUGUGUGCGUUUGUGAUGUUGAAUGCAACAAUAUUU